AUGUCUUUCGCCAACUAUGACUACGAGGCGCAGCUACCACGCCCAACCAAAAGUACUGAGUCGAACGAAACGAGCGGAGAUGUGGACUUGGAUUCCGCAAUUACAAAGACCUCUGCUCAAAUAGAGAAGUACGGGAUGCUCAUCUCCGAAUUCAAAACACAAAUGAAGCUAGUUGGUAGCCGCAGAGACAGCCCCGUUCUCCGGGGGAAAAUUGACACCCUGGUGGAAGAAAUAUCGCUGCUUUGGGCUGCAAUAAGAACAUUGAUGGCUAGAAUAAACACUGUAAUGAACAAAUCUACGACAUCAAGUGGAAAGUUCGAGGUUUCAAACAGACAAAUGAUGAUGAAAGACCGCUUGGUUUCGGAUUUUAACGGCCUACAUAGUGAGUUUCAAACUGCUCAUAAGAUGUACGAGGAGAGGAAGCAGGCAUAUGUUCUUAAGCCGCAGCCGACAAGCGUCGACGAAAGAACACCUCUCGUUCAAGACCUAGAACAAAACAAUCAACAACAACAGCAAACACAAAUGACAGAGGACGAAAUCCAACAGACAGAGCUACAAUACCACAUGCUUCUUACCGAAGAGCGGAACCGUCAGAUAGAGGAGGUUGCACAGGGAAUCCGCGAAGUGAACUCGAUAUUCAAGGACUUAGGUGAACUUGUCACUCAACAGGGUGAACAGCUUGACACCGUUGAGGAAAAUAUCAUGCAGAUGCUGGGAAACACUCAACAAGCAGCGCGAGAACUAACGAAAGCGCAUGAGUACCAGAAGAGAAAGGGUAAAUGGACAUGUAUUUUUCUCGUGGCUCUCUGUAUUGUUGUAUUAAUUGUGGUUCUCACCGUCAUUAGUUGA